AAAGUGCUAAGGAACUAUAAAGGCAUAAUUGAAUUUGUUUCACCCCGUGGAUUCCAGUGGGCCCGACAGCGCAACAGUGGCUCGACAACUUGAUGCAUAUGGAAGAACAGCAGCACCAAGUGAUCUGACAUAAUAAAAAUUCAGGAUGUGACAUUCAACCUCAAGCAAAGUUGGAAAUUCCAAAGAGAAGUGGUAAUAUCUUGCUAAUAAUAGUGAAGAUGGGAGAAAAUGACAUACCUGCAGCAGAAGUGGGCUGAAAACACCCUCUUCCCUGCCAGAUCAGGAAUGCCACCUGUUUUUGGGAAUAUACUUUAGAAAAAAGAAGGGCCAAAACUAUGACUUGGGUUUCUGAAACUGAAGCAUAAAUUCUCUCUUCCUUCAUUUGUCUGGAUCUGAGAACCUGCGUCUGGUAUUAGCUAGUGGAAGCAGUAUGUAUGGCCGAAGUGCAUUGCUGCAGCUGGUAGCAUGAGUGGUGGCCACCAGCUGCAGCUGGCUGCCCUCUGGCCCUGGCUGCUGAUGGCUACCCUGCAGGCAGGCUUUGGACGCACAGGACUGGUACUGGCAGCAGCGGUGGAGUCUGAAAGAUCAGCAGUGCAGAAAGCUAUUAUCAGAGUGAUCCCCUUGAAAAUGGACCCUACAGGAAAACUGAAUCUCACUUUGGAAGGUGUGUUUGCUGGUGUUGCUGAAAUAACUCCAGCAGAAGGGAAAUUAAUGCAGUCCCACCCCCUGUACCUGUGCAACGCCAGUGAUGACGACAAUCUGGAGCCUGGAUUCAUCAGCAUCGUCAAGCUGGAGAGUCCCCAGCGGGCUCCCCGCCCCUGCCUGUCACUGGCCAGCAAGGCCCGAAUGGCAGGUGAGCGAGGAGCCAGCGCCGUCCUCUUUGACAUCACUGAGGAUCGAGCUGCUGCGGAGCAGCUGCAGCAGCCCCUGGGGCUGACUUGGCCCGUGGUGUUGAUCUGGGGUAAUGAUGCCGAGAAGCUGAUGGAGUUUGUAUACAAGAACCGAAAGGCCCAUGUGCGGAUUGAGCUGAAGGAGCCCCCCACCUGGCCAGAUUAUGAUGUGUGGAUCCUCCUGACAGUGGUGGGCACCAUCUUUGUGGUCAUCCUGGCUUCGGUGCUGCGCAUCCGGUGCCGCCCCCGCCACAGCAGGCCGGACCCCCUUCAGCAGCGAACAGCCUGGGCCAUCAGCCAGCUGGCCACCAGGAGGUACCAGGCCAGCUGUAGGAGGGCCCGGGCUGAGUGGCUAGACUCGGGGAGCAGCUGCAGCUCAGCUCCUGUGUGUGCCAUCUGUCUGGAGGAGUUCUCUGAGGGCCAGGAGCUACGAGUCAUUUCCUGCCUUCACGAAUUCCAUCGUGCCUGUGUGGACCCCUGGCUGCACCAGCAUCGGACUUGUCCCCUCUGCAUGUUCAACAUCGUAGAGGGAGAUUCAUUUUCCCAGUCCCUGGGACCCUCUCGAUCUUACCAGGAACCAGGCCGAAGACUCCACCUCAUUCGUCAGCAUCCUGGUCAUGCCCACUACCACCUCCCUGCUUCCUACCUGCUGGGCCCUUCCCGGACUGCAGUGGCUCGGCCCCCACGACCUGGUCCCUUCCAACCAUCCCAGGAGCCAAGCCUGGGCCCUCGGCACCACCGCCUCCCCAGAGCUGCACAUCCCCUGGCUCCAGGCGAGCAGCAGCGCCUGGCAGUGGCCCAGCACCCCUUUGCACAGGGCUGGGGUCUGAGCCGCCUCCAGUGCACCUCACCGCACGCUGUCGCCUGCCCCGCACCCCCUCGCCGUGCCAGGCCUCAUGACAGCAGUGGGUCUGCAGAAAGCUACUGCACAGAGCGCAGUGGCUACCUGGCAGAUGGGCCAGCCAGUGACUCCAGUUCGGGGCCCUGUCAUGGCUCUUCCAGUGACUCAGUGGUCAACUGCACGGACAUCAGCCUGCAAGGCAUCCAUGGCAGCAGUUCCACCUUCCGCAGCUCUCUCAGCAGUGACUUUGACCCCUUGGUAUACUGCAGCCCUGACGGGGAGCCCCGGGGGGAGGAGGCUCAGCCCAGCCUGACCUCGCGGCCCCGGUCGUUGGACUCGGUGGUGCCCAGAGGGGAAGCACAGGUUUCCAGCCAUGUCCACUACCACCGCCAUCGGCACCACCACUACAAAAAGCGCUUCCAGUGGCAUAGCAGGAAGCCUGGUGCAGAAACGGGGGUCCUCCAGUGCAGGCCUGCUGUUCCGUGGACACAGCCCCAGCCAGAGCCGCCUUCUCCUGAUCAGCAAGCUGCCAAAUCCAACACUGCAGCCCCGUCAGGGCAGCUCCCCAACCCAUCGCGGCCCAGGGCCCUCACAGAGCCAGCCCCAGAACUAAAGGAUGCUUCCAGCCCCAGUCCCAAUCCCAGCAGUCUCUUCCACUUGCAGAAACCCAGCUUCCCUGUCCGACACCCGCAGAGGAAACGGCGAGGGGGUCCCUCAGAGCCUACCCCAGCCUCUCGGCCCCAGGACUUGACUACACAUUCAGCUUGCCAGAUUUUCCCCCAUUAUGAACCCAGCCUGGCGUACCCUUGGUCCCCAGAGGCCCACCCAUUGAUCUUUGGACCUCCGGGCUUGGACAGGAGGAUGCUACCCGAAACCCCAGGCCCCUGUUACUCAAGUUCACAGCCAGUGUGGUUGUGUCUGACUCCACGCCAGCCCCUGGGAGCACACCCACCUGGGGAAGGGCCUUCCAAGUGGAGUUCUGGCACCCCAGAGAGCAGGCCAUGCCCUUACCCACACUGCCAGGUGCUGCCAGCCCAGCCUGGCUCAGAGGAGGAGCUGGAGGAGCUGUGUGAACAGGCGGUGUGAGAGUCCAGGCUUACCUCCAACCAACAGUGUGCCCUGGAUGACUCAGGGCCUACUGGGCAGAGUCCUGCUCCUGAGAGAAGAAAGGAUCUCUAAGAACACCCCUCUUAUCGCCAUCCUUUCUGCAACCACUGGAAGAGGAGUGGUGAUAGCGGGAGGCAGGAGGUGUUGUUUCCUGCUCCCAGCUCCAGAGCUUGUCUGCAGGACACCUCUGCAGUGUAGCAAGUCUGUGUCCAGCAGGGAACCAGCU